AAAUAAAUAUUUUUAAUUAUAACUAAAAUUUAUUCCUAAUUAUCUGUUUAUUAGUUUCAUUUAUUUUAGGGAAUACUGUUCAAAUCCGUAUCUCUACACAUAUAUCUCAAUUGUAAUUGAAAUUAAUCUUACCAUUUUCAAACCCUAAUCGUCUAACCUCGCGCUACUAUACGAAGGCGAAAUUUAUCGGCCAAUAGCUUUUUUUUUUCUUGUUAAUCAAACGUUUCGUAGAUCCUCUGUUUUUAUUAGGGGUUAAAUCUGUUUAUUCCGGGCGGGUUUUCAUUCGGAUUAUAUUUGGGCUUUGAAGUUAACAAGGAAAAUAGGGAAGAAAAUGAGUAAUCAAAAGAAAAAGAAUUUCCAGAUAGAUGCGUUUAAGCACCGGGUCGUGGUGGAUCCGAAAUAUGCUGAAAAGACAUGGAAAAUUCUCGAGCAUGCAAUCCAUGAGAUUUACAAUCAUAAUGCUAGUGGCCUCAGUUUCGAAGAGCUUUACAGGAAUGCGUACAAUAUGGUUUUGCACAAAUUUGGUGAGAAACUUUACUCUGGACUUGUUACAACUAUGACCGCACACCUCAAAGAAGUAUUAAAAUUUAUAGAAGCUGCUCAAGGUGAUUUGUUUCUCGAAGAGUUGAACAGGAAAUGGAAUGACCACAACAAGGCACUGCAAAUGAUUCGAGACAUAUUGAUGUACAUGGAUCGGACUUAUAUUCCAAAUACCCGUAAAACCCCUGUUCAUGAGCUUGGGCUUAACUUGUGGAGGGAUAAUAUCAUACAUUCAGGCAAAAUACAGUCAAGGCUUUUGAGCACGCUUCUUGAAUUAGUGCACAGAGAGCGAACUGGUGAAGUUAUUGACCGGGGUUUGAUGAGGAAUAUAAUCAAGAUGCUUAUGGAUUUGGGUUCUUCUGUCUACCAGGAGGAUUUUGAGAAGCCAUUUCUUGAGGUUUCUGUGGAGUUUUAUAAGGUUGAAUCUCAGAAGUUUAUUGAGUGCUGUGACUGUGGGGACUAUCUGAAAAAGGCGGAGAUACGUCUAAAUGAAGAAAUCGAGAGAGUUGUUCACUAUUUGGAUGCCAAGAGUGAAGCCAAGAUAAUUAAUGUGGUGGAGAAGGAGAUGAUUGCUAACCACAUGAUGAGACUAGUCCACAUGGAGAACUCUGGCUUGGUAAAUAUGAUUAUUGAUGACAAGUAUGAAGACUUGGGUAGAAUGUACAAUUUAUUUAAAAGAGUUCUUAACGGUCUCUCAAUGAUACGAGAUGUGAUGACUUCUCACCUUAGAGAAACUGGUAAACAAUUGGUUACCGAUGCAGAAAAUUCGAAAGAUCCAGUGGAAUUUGUCCAGCGGCUCUUGGAUGAAAGGGACAAAUAUGAUAAAAUCAUUUGUCAAGCAUUUAGCAAUGCCAAGACAUUCCAGAAUGCCCUGAACUCCUCUUUUGAGUAUUUCAUUAACUUGAAUUCUCGUUCUCCUGAGUUCAUUUCCUUGUUUGUGGACGAUAAGCUUCGCAAAGGAUUGAAAGGAGUCAGUGAGGAGGAUGUGGAGAUAAUUCUUGAUAAAGUUAUGAUGCUGUUCCGCUACCUGCAGGAGAAGGAUGUGUUUGAAAAGUACUACAAACAACACUUAGCUAAGCGGCUUUUGUCGGGAAAAACUGUAUCUGAUGACGCAGAGAGAAGUCUGAUAGUCAAGCUUAAGACAGAAUGUGGAUAUCAGUUUACUUCAAAAUUAGAAGGCAUGUUUACAGACAUGAAAACCUCACAGGACACAAUGCAAUGGUUUUAUACCAGCCAUCCUGAGCUAGAAGAUGGCCCUACCCUAGUUGUUCAGGUACUAACGACAGGGUCUUGGCCCACUCAGCCUACUAUCACUUGCAACCUGCCCAUUGAAAUGGCAACACUGUGUGAGAAGUUCCGGUCAUAUUAUCUCGGAACCCAUACGGGUCGGAGGUUGUCCUGGCAAACUAACAUGGGGACAGCAGAUAUAAAAGCCACUUUUGGAAAGGGUCAAAAGCAUGAGUUGAAUGUUUCAACAUACCAAAUGUGUGUAUUGAUGCUUUUCAACAAUGCUGAUAUGCUUAGCUACAAGGAGAUCGAACAAGCUACUGAAAUCCCUGCUUCAGACUUGAAAAGGUGCUUGCAAUCGAUGGCCUGUGUUAAGGGAAAGAAUGUUCUAAGGAAGGAACCCAUGAGUAAAGAUAUUGGUACCGAUGAUGCAUUUUUUGUCAACGACAAGUUCACAAGCAAAUUCUACAAAGUGAAGAUUGGAACUGUGGUUGCACAAAAGGAAUCAGAACCCGAAAAGCUAGAGACUCGACAAAGAGUGGAGGAGGACAGGAAACCGCAGAUCGAAGCUGCAGUUGUUAGGAUCAUGAAAUCGAGGAGGGUGCUGGAUCAUAACAACGUAAUAGCCGAGGUCACAAAGCAGUUGCAGUCGCGGUUCUUGGUCAAUCCAACGGAGAUCAAGAAACGAAUCGAGUCUCUCAUCGAGCGAGAAUUCUUAGAAAGGGACAGCAGUGAUAGGAAAUUGUAUCGGUAUCUAGCCUAACCUAAAGACGGGGCUUCAAUAGAUCUCUCUGUUUCUUUUGGAAAAAGGUUAGUGUUGGCGAAUGAAAUUGUACCCCAGUUGUUAAAAUCUGUUUUACAUACGAUGCAAGCAAGCUCCAUUUUGUUUGAACUUUGAAUGGAUAUGUGUUGGU